AUGGCGGUUUGGGAGGAUAUAUCUAAACACCGCACAGGAGAUGUGCCUUUGGUGGUAGGGGGAGAUUUUAACUGCAUUAUGGCUAAGGAAGAGAAGAAAUGUGGCAAGGCCUUUCAUUUCAAUCCAGCUGCAAAUGAUAUGGCUUCUUUCAUGAUGUCUAAUGAUCUGGUUGACCCGAGUUACAUUGGUCCGGCUUUCACAUGGAGCAAUAACAAGGACAUUAUUAGAAGUCGGAUUUUCUCAAGAUUGGACCGGUUUUUAUUGUCUUCCUCCAUUCUUGACUCUUUUCAGGGGUUGAAGGUUAAGCAUCUGACUAGACUUGCUUCCGACCAUUGUCCCAUUUUGUGUAGUUUUCUUGGGGAAGUGAAGAUGGUCUACUCUCAUUGGAUAAAGUUUGAAGAUGUACGGGCUAGUUAUCCUAUGGCUUGGCAGUUGGUGAAACAAAAGUGGCAGAACAAGAUUAAAGAGCUCACCCAGUUGAAGGAAGACCUUGACAGGGAGAUCAAGAUACUGCAGGAAGUGGAGUGUUCUCCAAAUGGGUUAUCUGAAGCUCAGGCUGAGGCAUUGGGUUUUAAGUGUGCUAAAGUGAAGUGGAUUGAGGAAGGUGAUGGGAAUACACGAUUUUUCCAUUCUUUGGCUUCAGCAAGGAGAAGAGCCAAAUGCAUUGAUGCUAUCAAGCAAGGUGAUGGGACGGUGGUGACAGAACAAAAGGAUAUUUCUAAGGUGUUUUAUGAGUUCUUUAAGAGGAAAUGGCAUGGAUAG